UGGAAGUUUUUUUGUGGAAGUUUUAAAAAACCUCCAUAACAUAUUUGAUUUUUGGAAAAAUAUGAAACCCCCAUUAAUUAAUGCCAAUUUAAAUUCCUAAGCCCAAUUGCCCAAACAAAUAACCAAUUCCUAAUCUCCUGCUCUGGUUAAACCCAAACAAAUUUUAUUUCAAACAAAAACUUAUCCAAAAAAAUUAAAAGAGGAAGAAGAGUGAGAUAUGAUGGAACCCUAGAUCUACUCGCCGCCACGGUAUUCAUCUCUCGCCAUUAUCACCAUCAAGCUCGCCGUAGCAUCUGAGAUAAGAGGGAGAGUAAGCUCGUCGCUGCUGCCAUUCAUGUCUUCGUCGUUGUCAACAUCAAGCUUCUACAUCAAUGUGUUGUCUCCUUUAUAUAUAUGCAAUAACUUUUGAGAUCAUAGAAGAGUGAGUUCGUAGCCACCGCCGGCGCCGCCAUCAAGCUUAUCCAUAAACGUGUUUGGUUUUCUUCGCAAUCAGCUAAGCAUGGUUAGAAUUUGAUACGAAGAGAGAUCGCAUCGGUGGUAGUGCGACGAUGGUGGCAAUGGUGGAGUAGAGAAUAGUUCCUCAGAGGGCGCAGAAGGUGAAGAAUAGUCGGCAGAUAAGAAACUUCAUAAAGGAAGAGAUUCUUUGGAAAAAGAAUUGUUGAAGGUCUGCAAACAAUUGAAGCAUGUGUUGUCUUGGAUCUUCAAGAAUUUAUCCGUUCAGUAAGAAUCUGUUACCAAUUCUUGUUUUUAAUUGGUUAUUUGAUUCACUUCAGCUCACAUCAUAUACUAUUUGAGAAUAUGGCAAUUGGACACUUAUUUGAUUAAUAUAUGUUAGAGCCAUGUGGUGUGGGGGACAGUAAGAAGAAGAAUGGAUGAUGGUCAAAUUUGAGAGGAAUAAACAUAAAUUAAAGGAAGAUUGGGACAGACAAAUUUUUAACCAUAAAAAGCAAAAUAGUGAUUGUCACCAGAUGUUGAUCAGCAACAUGUCACAAGAUUGGAAGGCACAUUUGGGGAAAAAUAAUGAGCCUGGUAAAACAAGGACUUCUGCUAAUGGAAUUCAUUCAAAUAGAAUUCUUGGCAGAGGUGCAUCCGGAACAGCUUACCAUGACUUUAUUGAGGACAUUCAAGUGGCUGUCAAGAUGCUUUCCCUAUCUUCAGUGCAUGGAUAUCAACAAUUUGUUGCAGAGGUUAAGCUUCUAAUAAGAGUAUAUCAUCGAAAUCUGACUUCUAUUAUUGGCUAUUGCAAUGAAGAAACUAAUAUAGGACUCAUCUAUGAAUAUAUGGCAAAUGGAAACUUAGGUGAACAUCUUUCAGGCUUUGAUCCUGCAUCCACCAACUUCCCUCCAAACAACAACAUCCUACCACCACAGACCUCUAUUGAAGUUGUUAACCAGAGAGAUACAGAUCUUUUCUUCAUGUGGCAAAGGUACAAGAUUUUGGAACAUGAAGCAGAAGAAAAGGCACAAGCCCUGAAGAAGAUUAGAGAGACGGUGAAUCACAAAAAUCAUAUAGAUGGUAGUGUAAAAUUGAUUGGUACUUCAUUAUUUGGUGUUCCUAAAGUUAAGCAAUAAUUUGGUAAACAAUUGAUUGCUUUUUAACAUAGUUUCACUUAUUUUGAAUUUGGUAAGUAAUACCCUUUUGAAUUUUUUUUCUA